AUGUCUAAUAAUAGAUCAAUGCGUUCGAUGGUUCGAGUUCUGAGCAAGCAGAAAUGUGGGCUCCGGAUUUGUCACAUCAAUGCGCAAAGUUUGCUUCCAAAGAUUGAUGAAUUUCGCGAUAUUUUUACUGAUUCCGAUGUAGAUGUUAUUUGUGUCACUGAAACUUGGUUGAGGGAUGAACUAAAUGAUGAUAUCUGUUGCUUAGAGGGCUAUCGAGUUUUUCGAUUUAAUAGAGUGAACCGUGUUGGGGGGGGCGUUGCGAUUUAUGUUAAGAGAACAAUUAAAUGCAAACUUAAACUUUCAGCCACUGUGGAUAGCACUAUUGAAUAUUUGUUCGUUGAAGUUGUAGGUAAUGAUGGAAAUUUGCUUUUGGGUACUAUCUACAGGCCUAAUAGAUACAUAGAUUUCUCACCACUGUAUACAGUAUUGGAGGAAAUCUCUCUGAGCUCCCCCAAUAUUGUACUCUGUGGAGAUUUCAAUUGCAAUCUUUUAAAUACUAAUGUUCUGACACAUAAUAUGCAAACUUACAAUUUAAAACCAGCAAACACUAACGUACCAACUCAUUAUUUUGGUAGAGAUGCUUCGUUGUUGGACCUGAUGUUUGUUAGCGAUAUUCAUGACGUUGCUUUUUAUGAUCAGCUUUCUGCGCCAGCUUUUUCAAAGCAUGAUUUAAUUUUUCUCACUCUUAGAUUUAGUCUUGAUUUCUCCGUUGAAAAAAUUACUUAUCGAGAUUUCCAUAAUAUUAAUAUUCAGGAACUUGGCGAUCGUACACGAGAAAUAAACUGGGAUGCCAUGUAUUAUCUACCGUCAUCAAACGACCAGAUUGAAUUUUUAACUUAUAAUAUUUCUAAUCUGUUUAAUACUCAUGUUCCAUUAAAAACAAAAAUUCUUAAACCAAACAAUAAACCGUGGUUCACUGUAAAUAUUAGAAACUUAAUCCAACAGCGAGAUGAUGCUUAUACGAAUUGGAAGCGGUAUCGUUUGAAUGAGCUGCGUCGUGCGUUCUGUUCGCUCCGAAAUAGAGUGGUAGCGGAAAUACGUAAAGCCAAAGCCAAAGCAAAAAAGACUAGACAUCACCAAGUUUGGGACUCCUAUAAGGAAUCUCUCAAAAAGUAUAAACAAGAACUGAGAAUAGCCAAGAGAUCUCAUGGAGAUCCUUCUGUAUCUCAAUAG